AUGUUGCGGCGUGCGUGCGAUGCCCCACACGUUGUUGUUGUUGUUGUGGUAGUGGUGGUGGUGGCGUGCUGCCCCGCUGUGUGUCUCGUGGCGCCACCCAAUGCGGGGGCGGUGGCGAAGAACGACGUUGUGCCACGCCUCGUGGCAUUCGGCGACAUGCAUGGUGACAUCUUCAGCUGCCGUCAGGUGCUGCAGGCGGCGAACAUCACGGACGGGGCGGACCGCUGGAUUGCUGGCGCCUCCACCGUCGUUCAGCUUGGUGACAUCGCCGACCGCGGCCGACACUACCACGAGAUCUAUGACCUCUUCGCGUCGCUGGAGCAGCAGGCCGCGGCCGCCGGCGGCGAGUUCACAUUUGUCGUUGGCAACCACGAGCUGCUGAAUCUUGUAGGUGACCACCGCUACGCCCACCCUGACGUGGUGGCGGUCUUUGGCGGGCAGGCGGCGUACGCGGCCGCCUUCUCCCCGUGGGGUGCGUACGGUUCUUACAUCUUGCAGCACCACGUCGUGGCGGUGCGCGAGGGCGUGGCGUUCGUACACGCGGGUGUGACGCCGGCCUACGCGGCGAUGGGUGUGCACGCCAUCAACGCAGAGUUCCAGCGUGGCUUCCACCGCGGUGCAGGGGAGGGAAACGGCGACGGUCACCCAUUCAACUCCAACGACAGUCCGCUGUGGACGCGCAACGUGCUGCGAGAGGCACAUGAGGGCAACUGUACGCUCGUGGAGGAGGCCCUGCACGUGUUGUCGCUGAGUGAGGUCGCGGCGGGACGAGCGUCGGUGCGCGUCAUGGUCGGUGGCCACACGAUCCAGCCUGAUGGCAGCGUUACGAUCGUCUGCGACGGCCAGCUUGUUGCGGCCGACGUGGGCCUGAGCCGCUACCUGCAGCUGGCCGGUGGUCACGUGGCGUACGUGGAGUUCCUGCACGACGAAAGUGUGCCGGCGCGGCGCGUGCCUGUGCCGCAGUACCCCUUUGGCAAAGGUAAGCGGCCGACCACACCGCCGAUGCUCAGUGAGCCGGUGCGCCUCCCACGCCGCGCGCUGUGGCAGCAGCAGCCGCAAGAGUAUCAGGGGCCGGGGGGGCCCAACGGGAAUAAUAAUCGUAACACCGACAUUCGUCGUGCCACGCCAUCCGGCGUGGCAGAAAUGACCCCAGUGAGUGUAGCAGGAGAAACGCCAAACCCGCUUCUGGACUGCUUUAUCCUGUGCCUUAUGCUGGCGCUGUUGGUGUCACUUGUCUUUGUACGGGUCUGGCGGCCGUUCGCGAAGGGCCACCACUCAGGCAGGAAGGUGACAUGA